AUGGCAUCGGCAUCACAAGCAGCUGUUAUUUCCUCACUGGUUUUAUACUGUUUUAUAGUUGCAUCUGUUGUGGCUGCUAACUUCUACCGUGAUUUCGACAUCACAUGGGGAGAUGGUCGUAGUAAGAUUAUCAACAAUGGAGAAAUUCUCACUCUCUCCCUUGAUAAAGCUUCUGGCUCCGGUUUCCAAUCCAAGAAUGAAUAUCUUUACGGGAAGAUCGACAUGCAACUCAAGCUCGUCCCUGGCAACUCCGUUGGCACUGUCACCGCUUAUUAUCUUUACAAGAGUAGUCGCACAGUGAAGUCAAGCGUUCGCAACGUCUUGCCCAAGAUAAAGAAGGACAGGGACCCAACCCAAGUUUCAGAGGGGAGCAGCGAGUUAGCGAAGAAAGGGAAGCUCUGCACAAGGAAGUGA